AUGUCCACGAGCGCUAGAGGUGGAGGCGGCCGGCGCGGCGGCCGCGGUGGCGACCAGCAGGGUGCGGUAGGACGCGGUCGAGGCCGGGGAAGAGGCGGGGAGCAGCAGGAUGCCCACCGUGGCCGCGGAGGCGGUCGUGGCCAGGGCGGCGGCGCCGACGCCGGGGUCCAGCGCGGUGGCCAUCGCGACGCCGGGCGAGGCCACUUGGGCGCUCAUCGAGGCGGGCUAGGCCGAGGCGGCUUGGAGGUGGGGGCGGUGGAGCGUCCCGUGGGCGCGGGGCGCGGCCGGCCGCCGGCGACGGCGACGGUUCCGGGUCAGGCAGAGGUGGAGGCGCUGAGCGGAGAGAUGGAGAGGAGGUUGGCGGUGUCGGAGGCGGUCCAGGGGUCUUCGUCCUCGGCGCCGGCGGCGGCCGCCACGGGAGCCCAGGAGUCGCAGGCGGCCGUGGUCGUGCCGCCUCGGAAUCUGCCUCCGGCGUCGAGCAAGUCGACGGGGUUCCAUGCGCGGCCUGGGUACGGGACGGCCGGCAAGAGGUGCCGGGUGCGCGCCAACCAUCUCCUCGUGCAGGUCGCCGACAAGGAGAUCUACCACUACGAUGUAUCAAUCAGUCCUGAAUCGAUGGCUCGUGAGAGGAACAGAUCUAUAAUUAAUGAACUUGUUAGAUUGCAUAAACAACAUUUGGAUGGGAGAUUGCCUGUUUAUGAUGGAAGAAAGGGAAUGUUUACUGCAGCUCCACUGCCAUUUAAAACCAAAGAGUUUAUUGUCAAAGUAUCAAAUACCGAGAGAGGAUACCAGGGGGAAAAGGAGUAUAAGGUCACCAUAAAGGAAGUUGCAAAACUAAAUCUAUACAAUCUUCAGCAAUUCUUGGCUGGUACGCAGAGAGAACUGCCGCAGGACACUAUCCAGGCUCUUGAUAUCGCUCUGAGGGAAACCCCCACUGCAAAGUAUACACCCAUCUCAAGAUCAUUUUUCUCAAAAUCAUUUGGACAUGGUGGUGACAUUGGCAGCGGGGUGGAAUGCUGGCGAGGGUAUUAUCAGAGCCUGCGCCCCACACAGAUGGGAUUGUCACUGAAUAUUGAUAUUUCUGCAACAGCAUUUUACAAAGCUCAACCAGUUAUGGAUUUUGCAUUGGAAUAUCUUAACAUCCGGGGUGAUGCUCCAAGGCGUUUGUUUGACCAGGAUCGCCUGAAACUAAAGAAAGCCCUCAAGGGAGUCCGAGUUGUGGCAACGCAUCGACCUGAUAUAUCCAUUCGUUACAAAAUUACUGGGAUAACCUCAGCUCCGCUAAAUGAAUUGACAUUUGACCUAGACGGGACAAGGGUAUCAGUUGUCCAUUACUUUAAACGCCAAUAUGAUUACUCUUUGAAAUAUAUACAGUGGCCAUGCCUUCAAGCUGGCAGUGAUAGCAGGCCAACAUAUUUGCCUAUGGAGGUUUGCAACAUACUUGGAGGACAACGCUAUUCGAGAAAGCUAAAUGAGCGUCAAGUCACAAACAUAUUGAGGUUGGCAUGUGAGCGGCCAGAUAAAAGGGAGGGUAGUAUCGUGGAGGUUAUUAACAGAAACAACUAUGGCAUUGAUGAUAAUGCAAAAGAAUUUGGAAUUAAGGUGAUGAACCAACUAGCAUUGGUCGAUGCUCGUGUGCUGCCUCCUCCAAGGCUUAAAUACCAUCAGUCUGGACGAGAACAAAUAUGUAAUCCGUCGGUAGGACAGUGGAACAUGAAUAACAAGAGAAUGAUAAAUGGAGGGUCCAUCAGGCACUGGGCCUGUGUUUCAUUUGGCUCUCGGUUGCAAUGGAAUGAUGUUAGCGUGUUCUGCAACUAUUUGGUUGGCACGUGCAAUAACAUGGGCAUGCAAGUAAGUGAGACACCGUGUGUGGACAUUGUUCAGGCACGCCAGGGUAACUUAGAAGCUGUAAAAAAUAUAUAUAGACAAUCUGCCCAAGUGCUUGCUCAGCAAGGUUUGGAAGGACAAAACCUUGAGUUACUAUUUGUAGUAUUACCUGAUGGACCUAAUGCAAGUGAUUGUUAUGGAAGAGUAAAGCGGCUUUGUGAAAUUGAGCUUGGUUUAAUAACUCAGUGCUGUUUACCUAAGCAUGUUCAGAGAGCUGGCACACAGUAUCUACAAAAUAUGGCCCUUAAGAUCAAUGUUAAGGUUGGUGGUCGGAACACCGUGCUGGAAAAUGCAUUGCUUCGGAGGAUACCUCUGUUGACAGAUAAGCCUACAAUUAUAUUUGGAGCAGAUGUGACCCACCCAUCUCCUGGGGAGGAUGUGUCUCCAUCUAUUGCAGCGGUUGUUGCGUCGAUGGAUUGGCCUGAAGUGUCUAAGUACACAUGCUUGGUGUCUUCACAAGGUCAUAGGGAAGAAAUCAUAGCUGACCUUUUCACAGAAGUGAAAGAUCCACAGAAGGGGGUUAUAUAUGGUGGAAUGAUAAGAGAGUUGCUUUUGUCCUUCUAUAAAGCAAACAAGUCUUGCAAACCUGGAAGGAUAAUAUUUUAUCGAGAUGGUGUUAGUGAAGGCCAAUUUAGCCAGGUCUUGCUUUAUGAAAUGGAUGCAAUAUACAGGGCUUGCUCUAGCUUAGAGAACGGUUACCUUCCUCAAGUUACAUUUGUUGUGGUGCAAAAGCGGCAUCACACACGGCUUUUCCCGGAAGAUCAUCGUUCAGGGGCCAUGGCAGAUCGAAGCGGAAACAUCCUACCUGGUACCGUUGUUGAUACAAAGAUAUGCCAUCCCAGUGAGUUUGAUUUUUACCUCUGUAGUCAUGCCGGCAUUCAGGGAACGAGCCGUCCAACUCAUUACCAUGUCCUCUUCGAUGACAGUAAUUUCACCGCCGAUGCGUUACAAACACUGACUUACAAUCUGUGCUACACUUACGCACGGUGCACGCGGUCCGUCUCGAUUGUUCCUCCGGCAUACUAUGCGCACUUGGCGGCUUUCCGGGCGCGGCACUACCUGGAUGACAAUCACUCUGAUCAGGGAUCAUCUUCUGUAGGCGGCACCCGAAUGCAUGAUCAAGCUGUCCUGGUAAAGCCACUGCCCAAAGUUAAGGAGAGUGUCAGGCAGUUCAUGUUCUACUGCUGA